AUGGCCAACUACCACCGGGUUUACAGUUGGAAAGAAACCGACCCCAAGUAUGCUUAUGCAUUCACUGCAGGAUGGGUUUCUGUUGCUCUUACUAUCGCAAUUUUCCGACUCCCCAAUGCUUUACGCUCUCUUUGGCAAGAACCUGGCCGAAUUCAUCCGGCCUUAGCUCUAGGCAUCCGAGAAGGGACUGAGGCGCCUAAAUAUGGGAGCUCUGCACACUCUAUUCCUUCGGCUGGUCGUUCCAAGAUAACAGUAUGGGCAUCUGUGGUUGGUGCAUGGUUGAUGUAUGUUCCCCCCGGUUUCAAGCUCGAUGUCGGGCAGUGUCUUGUUGUAACAUCCUACCUCUUGCUUGCCGCCUUUUGCAUCUUUGAUCACCCUAACCUCUUGAGUUUUCCCAACCGACCAGGCUUCAUCGCUGUUGCCCAAUUCCCCGUUCUUUUCCUCACGGCGGCCAAAUACAACCCGUUAUUUGCAUUUAUCGGGAGAGGACACGACAAGCUUAAUUUUUUGCACCGAUGGGUGGGCCGUGGAGUAUCACUAGCUGUGGCGGUUCACGCUGUGUUCUGGGUGUGGAAGCGCUUCAGGACCGGAAAGGCAUGCAGGUUGUAUACCUAUCAGGCGGAUACAACUGGAAUAGCCGCUACUAUUGUACUGGCCAUUAUGCUAGUGCUGUCGCGCAGCCAGGUCAGAAGACGAUGCUAUGAGUUAUUCUUUGUGUCCCAUGUGGUCGGCACUGUUAUAUUUAUGGUUCUUAUUUUCUUCCAUGUAAAGUGGUAUUUGGCCGGCACUUGGAUUUUGACACCGACGAUCAUUUACGCCCUUGAUCUUGCUUUACGAUCCAUCCGAUUCCGAGUCAAGGACGCAAAGCUUGAGGCAAUUGACGAUCAGAUGACGUUGAUUCAUAUUCAAAAUUGCGGUUCGGGCUGGCGGGCUGGACAACACGUUCAUGUCCGUCUCAUCGCACCGACUGGUGUCUCCAACGAGUCGCAUUCCUUUUCGGUUGUCAAUGCGCCUCGUGCGUCCAAGUUCAAAAACUCAGUUUUCUCACAAUCAGCUCCCCCCGCAACUCCAAACUCGGCAACGCCCCUGAUACAAAACACGGACACACCGAACACGGAAGAGCAAGGCCUUCUCACGCUGGCAGCACGUGUGACAGGUACAUGGACAAGAGACCUAAACUCGCUUGCCCAAACAGGAGUUCCAUCUAUCUUGCAACCCGGUACCGCGCAACCUUUGGCACCGGCUGAAGGCACUCCAGCGGCAGACCUCAAGAGCCCAAUACGUGUACUUGUAGAUGGUCCAUAUGGCGCUCCACCGAAACCUUUAGGAGAACGAGUGGUCAUGGUUUGCGGUGGAUCCGGCGCUGCCUACAUUUUCGGAGUGCUCGCUGAUUGGCUUGACGAAGGAGAUGUGUUUCCCGAGGAUGACGAGGACGAAGACGAGUCGGGCUCGCACCAAUCAUCAGGACCUUCAUGUGUCCACAGUAUUCUUCUUAUAUGGUACAUCCGGGAAGCUCGAUGCGUACGUUGGUUUGCCGACAACCUGCGACGCAUAGGGGCCUUGGCUCGCGCACGAGGAGUCAGCAUCGUUUUGCGGAUUUGCGUAACUCGAGAACAAGGUCGACGGAUCUCCAGCGAGGAUAGCGUCGAUAGUCCUAGUGGAGCGGCCAAGGAUUUCCGGCUUUCUACUCUUUCAGAACUCGAUGCUCGACAGCACUCGUAUAUUGUUACAACCAAGAGCAAGAGUGGACUUUUGGGACUUGGCCUACCUGGAAGCGUUGAGUUUGCGCGCCCUUGCAUUGGUGACAUUGUACAAGAACAGAUCAACGCAUGGGCAGCACCCGAAGUAGACGUCGAGAGCGAAGGAGAUGCAUAUGAGCAGAUUGCAGGAGAGGAGAGUGAUGAUGACGAUGCACAUAGUCUAUCUACUGGAGGUGCAUCCUCUUUGCUCCCUACUGGUGGGCGCAGAGGAACGGGGGUGUUUGUUGUAUGCUGCGGACCCAUGCCAAUGGUUCGUGAGACCAAGGCGGCUGUGGCGCGUCUUCCUGCUCGCGGGAUUCGACGCGCCGGGGGUGUAUGGGUUCAUACGGAGGCUUACGAGCUAUGA